AUGGGACGAGGCAACAAAAAGCGUAAGCAAUCCAGCAACCCUUCAUCCGGCCCCACCUUGCCCAUGGAGGAACCACCAGAGCUUCCACCCGUGAAGUUUGGCGACUUCAAGCUCACGUCAAAUUGCGGCCCCACCAUCACGCACACGGAACCCAAAAAGGGCGGAGACGAACAAGAAGGGACUGAAUGGGAGCCUGCGAAAAAAAAACAGAAGAAGGCGAAAAAGGAGCCAAAGGGAAGGAAUUAUCCAGAGAUGGUACUGAGCCCGCAAAAAUUGAAGAGCGCAGUCAAGAUCAGCGAUAUACAGAACCUGGCGCUCUGGCUGGUGGCAGAUGGCAUCGCGCCACAGUGGUUGAUGGUUCGAAACAAACCAGAGAUCCGUAGAGCCGUAGUACUAAUGGUCCCAGGCCUUACACUCGACAUGUUCACCACGCCACUAUUACACCCAUCCGCCGCUGCCUCCGCUGUUCCCGUCGCAGAAGACAUCGGCGAACCCAUCCACCGAGACGAUACUGAGGUCAUCAAGUCUAUCGACCCCAAAUCACCGUCAAAGGGCGUGUCCAAGCCCUCCCCCGACGCCAAUAUGCCCUUCUGGCCCACCGAACUCUCCGCAGACAAGCUCGCUCCAUGUCUCUCCGAGUUUCCAAGAAUGUUCAACCAUGUCUGGCCCAUCAAGGCUGCCGGCGACGAGCGUAGCGGUCGCCUCAUUUCCCCCGUCAAUUCCUUCCUCAACAGCCCGUUACCCAAAGGCUUCAACCCACCUAGCAAUCGUACCUCAAAACGCAUCGCGGCCUCAAGUCUCCUCAUGUCCCUUAAACAGCUCAUCGACGAACAGUACCCGCUACACUCUUCACAAUUGGCCCAGCGCCGGGGCGUCAACCCACCUAGCGAAGAGGAGAUCGCGCUACUCGCCACUCGCGCAGAAACUGGCUGGGUUGAGACAGACCUUACCCCGCGCGGCACACCCCGCGAGAACCAAAAAGGGUCCGUAACAGAGGGCUUCACCAUCUACGCCAUCGAUUGCGAGAUGUGUAUAACCGCUGCCGGCGCUGAACUCACUCGCAUCUCCAUCCUCGACUGGGACGGCGAUGUCGUCUAUGAUACCCUCGUGAAACCUAAACUCCCAAUCACCGACUAUCUGACCCGCUUCUCCGGUAUGACCCCCGAAAAGCUGGCUAACGUCACCACAACCCUCCCCGACGUCCAAGCACACCUCAAGAAUAUACUUAACAACGAUACCAUCCUUGUCGGCCAGGGACUCAAUAAUGAUCUCAUCGCAAUGCGCUAUACCCACCCGCAUAUCAUCGAUACGUCUGUCAUAUACACACACCCACGCGGGCCGCCACUUAAGGCAUCUCUCAAGUCCCUGGCGUCCCGACAUCUCAAGCGUGAGAUCCAGACCGGUGGCCCGUCGGGCCAUGAUAGCAUUGAGGACGCUCGAGCGUGCCUUGACCUACUCAAAAUGAAGCUUGAGCGUGGGGUAGACUUUGGCAAUAGCGAGGCGGUAACAGAAUGUAUCUUUAAGAGAAUAGAGAGGUACCCAGUGUAUACCAAGGUCGGGGCCAUAGUCGACGGCGGCACAGGGCUCGAGAGGAAGUGGCCGGGUGUGGCUAGGGCGAUCAGCGCAAAUACAGACGACGAAGUCGUUGAAGGCAUCGCAGCGUGCGUGGCCGGCGACUCGCAGAACAAACCUGCCCACCUAGUAUGGGGUCGGUUACGUGCAUUAGAGGGCGUUCGCGGCUGGACAGGUACAGGGUCGGCAGUCGCGAGCACGGAGAGGCUUACCGACGCAGUUAAAGAGACAGCGGCAUGUGUCAAGAGAAUUUGGGAUGCCCUGCCAAAAUGCACGGCGUUCAUUGUGUACUCCGGUACUGGGGACCCGAUGGAGAUGAGGAGGCUUCUAGAGAUGCAGAAGGAGUUCAAGGAGCAGUAUAAGACGAAAAAGUGGGAUGAGCUGACUGUCCAGUGGACUGAUGUUGAGGAGCAGCAGCUGAAAGAGGCGGUGAGAGUUGCGCGGUGGGGUAUUGGGUUUAUGGAUGUGAAGUAG